AUGGGGGAUCGAAACAACGUCUCCGGCAACGGCCGGGGCGACUAUGGCGACGAAUGGGCCAGGGGACUCACCACGCAGUUCGAGCAAUUAAUGCGAACGAGGCGACUCCACGAUCUGACUGAACACAACCGUUCGCAACGCUUGCGGUCUGAAACGCCGGCAUUGGACCACCGAGCCUCUCCCUCUAACCCACAAAGUCCAUUUCCACCUGGCAGCAGCAGACCCUCGACCCCUCACAGCCACUCUCAUGGGCCAGCCACGCCGCCGUCGUAUGCAUCGCUGCGCAACCUACCCAAGAUCCCAACGGCGCCUGCUGCCCACGAUAGGGAGUCGCAGAAGUUUCGCAACCUUCUCAUUUCGCUCUCGAACACGCCAACCAAGUACGAGAACCCAGGCCUACUGGACGAAGCUCUGCAAAAGAUACCUCUGGACAGGAUAUACAGCGAGGCGGAAGAGGAAUGCCAGGUGUUACAGGCUCAAGCUGAGAGCAUGGGUGAUGGCCGCAAACCCGAAUGGGGCUAUCAAGACUGCGUCAUCCGGGCACUACUAAGAUGGUUCAAGAGAUCCUUCUUCACAUGGGUUAAUAACCCAGCGUGUCCGGUAUGCUUGUCGCCCACAGUUGCGAGAGGCAUGACGCAGCCAACAGCCGAGGAGUCAGCGUAUGGGGCUUCGCGAGUCGAGCUCUACGAAUGCUCCAAUGACGCAUGCAGAGCCUUCGAGCGCUUUCCUCGAUACAGCGACGUGUGGCGACUACUACAGACGAGACGCGGCCGAGCUGGAGAAUGGGCCAACUGUUUCAGCAUGUUGUGCCGUGCCGUCGGCGGCCGUGUGCGCUGGGUUUGGAAUGCGGAGGAUCACAAUUGGACCGAAGUCUACUCGGAGCACAAGCAGCGCUGGAUUCACGUCGACGCCUGCGAGGAGGCAUGGGACAACCCGCGGCUGUACACGGACGGCUGGGGUAAGCCGCUGUCCUACUGUAUUGCGUUCAGCAUUGAUGGCGCAACCGACGUCACCCGCCGAUACGCGCGCAAGACGGAGUGGGCAGCCGCACGCAAGAAGUGUCCCGAGGAAGUCAUGCUGUUCAUCAUGCAGGAGAUUAAGGCUCUACGUCGAGCCAAUAUGACUAAGGAACAGCGAUUCGCACUGGAGAAGGAAGACAUGAGGGAAGACCGCGAGCUGCGUGGCUACGUGGUAGCUUCUAUCACGCAGGCCGUUACCAACAUGGUCCCUAGUGUGCCUGCUCCGCCAAGCGCCGUUCUUCCAGCCCGACCUGCACCUGUACCUGCCUCCUCCAGUCAGGACCAGAAACUGCCUGCAGAGCAACCGAGUCGACAGAGCGGAAACGCCGAAUGGAUUGCAGCCCAACGAGAGAACGAGAGGCGCCGUCAAUUCCACGGUCACCAAGAUCCCUCUCAGCGACGAGACUACUAA